AUGCUUGGCAUCAUUCGAGACUGUACAAUUCAACAUGCGAAGCAAACUGAGCAUGUGGAUUGGUUCAUGGGCAUACCUGAACUAAUGGCAUUUAUUUGCAUCACCAUCAUGAGGGGAAUCUUCAAGGUGCCAUCACUGCCUGACUGUUGGUCGAAAAACCUGGGAAGCCCACACAUCAUCGAAACCAUGUCCCGAGGCCGUUUCCAAAACAUCAUGCAUCACCUGCGCUUUGAUGACAGAGACACCCGCAGCGAGCGAGUACAGACUGAUAGGUUUGCUGCAAUUUCAAACAUAAGGGGAUUGUUUGUCACCAACUGCAUCACAUCCUACAUUCCUGGUCAACACAUCACCAUUGACGAACAACUUUUCCCUAAAUUGCAACUAAACCAGACAAGUUUGGCGUGUGACUUGAAAACCAAAUACGUCUGCAACAUCCUCCCAUAUCUUGGCAAGGACCCCACUCGGCCUCGUGGGGAGAGAGUGUCUGAGAGUGUAGUCAUGAGGCUGAUGGAACCAUUCUUGGACAAGGGCAGAAAUGUUACCACAGACAAUUUCUUUACAUCACUGUCACUUGCAAAACGACUACUUAGCCGGAAUACAACCAUCCUCGGCACAGUCAACAGGAUUCGCCAAGAAAUCCCACCGUCAACUCGACAGAUGCACCGCGAUGAAUUUACCACGCAGGUAUUUUCAUCCACUGGUGCCACACUGACUGCGUAUGCGCCCAAGCGGAAGAAGACUGUGUAUGUUCUAAGCAGCAUGCACAGCACGAUUGAGACACAGAAAACCACCAAAAAGAAGCCAAACACCAUCACACUCUACAACACAACAAAGUGCGGUGUCGAUAUCAUGGACCAGAUGGUGCGGGAAUACACUGUCCGCGCAGGAACAAGGCGCUGGCCAGUAGCAGUGUUCUACAACAUGAUAGACAUUGCAGCACUGAAUGCCCACGUGCUCUAUCAAUUAUGCACCGGCAGAAAGGAAAGACGGGUGGAUUUCCUGUUUGAACUGGCAAGAGAGUUGGCUCACUCCCAUGUGGGUAUGAAAAAGGCCCAAAAGGAGCAAUUGCUUCGGCAACAACCCUCCACACCACAACUCAGACAAAGAGCCAAGUGUCAGGCUAAAAUCAAAUGCAAGAACAAUCGUGCAACAGUGCGCUGUGAUGACAAAUACACAUGUGGGAAAUGCCGAAAGGAGCAAUGGCAGUGCCAGAAU